AUGUCGAAAAGAGUGACAAGGUCAAUGAAUGCUAAUGGUCAUGAAGAUAACAGAGUCGAGGGAAUGACCUCAACCCCAACCCGAAGCCGAAGUGGUCCUAGUAGACCACUGAUCCAGCCUACACAACCAGAAGUGAACAUUGCCGAAGAGAUGGCACGUUGUGUACGCACUGCUUUACCUGGAAUGCUUGAGCAGAUCCAAACUGCAACACUUAAGAUGGUAGAAGAUCGUUUGAAACAUAAUAGACCUUCAAAAAAUGAAACUUAUGAAAUUAAGGAGUCGACAAAUAAUGAAUCUCUCAAUCAUGAGGAGUCGAACGGGGAGGCACACUCCGAUAAUAAAGAAGUUAAGAAACCCGUUAACAAAGAAUCUGAAGCUGAAGCUGAGAUUGCCCAAGAUAUCCCAACCUUCGGUGAAGCUGUUAUAGCUGAGGAAGUUGAUGCCAUCCCUAAGGAUGAUGAUCUUACCAUCACCUCUACACCUGUUGCUGGUGAUAAUGAUGAUGAUGAUGAUGACGAACCUGACCUUCCAGACUCUGGUAGUAACCUUGAUGGUGAUGACGACGACGACGAUGAAGAUGACUUCACCAUUCAGUAUCAAUGA